CGUAGCUGGGGAACUGACGGGAGUUAAGGCAGCUGGGGAGCGUCCUAGGCCGGGGGGACCUUUCUCCCCCAAAUUGGGGGGGAAAGGCAGCCAAGGGGGCUGCCUGCCCUGGAGAAUCCCUAGAGAACCAAGAAGCCCUGAGGGGGCGGGAGGGACAGUAGAAGGUCUGGUGGAGAAGACUAAAGGAACCAGGAGUCCGGCGGCGGAGGGGGGGGGGGCAAAAGGGGAGCCCCAAGGAACCCAGGCGUCCCCCGAGAACCUGAGGCCAGGCAGUCUGCAAGAGAGGGGCAAAGAGACCCAGGCCAGUCAGGCGUCUGGGAAUCGGGGGCGGGGGUCCUAGGCAGCCGGGAGGGAAGGGGUUAAGGGGCACUCCAAAACUGGAGAAGCGCAGGGACCUGAGGGACUUGGGGGUCCAAGAGGUUGGAGGAAGGGGUCCAAGAGCUGGUGGCUCAGGUGUGCGAGAAUUUGGGGGGGAGACGAGAGAACUGGAGGACCAAAGAGCUGGAACUUGGCCUAAGGAACCAAUGACUGGGACAGCAGGGGGAUUUCCACAUAACUGCUGUCUGACCUGCCUUCCCACUUACAGGGUUUGGGGUGGUUUUCACACCAGGAAUCAAAGGAUGCCUUUGUAGCAGAGAGGGUGGGCGGGCUCCCAAAGUGCCACUUUUUUGGCCUGCCGGCCUCUGAGCUUCUGUACCCUCGAUGGAACUGGCCCAAAGCCCUUAAUCCAUCUCCUCAAAGAGUCGCCCUCCCACAGCCUUGAAGGAUGUAACCAAACCCCUCUGAAGCUGGGGGGCAGCUCCUCCGCCCAAGUGAGUGAGUCUCUGCUGAUGCCCAGUGGACCCCGGCAUUCUGGAAAUGACUCCUCCCUAAUUGGAUUGGGGCAACCCCCCAGUCUGCAACACUCAAGAUGGAGAAAGACCUUGGCAACCUCAGUUCAGUUGUGCCAGCAUCCCACCUCACGCCGGCUUUCCCGCCUGCUGUUAAGGUUGGGCUCACGGCGUUGUACAUGGCGCUGUAUGCCUUGCUUUUCCUCUCAGUCUACGCCCAGCUUUGGCUGGUUCUCUUCUAUCGCCACAAGAAGUUCAGCUACCAGACUGUCUUCCUCUUCCUCUGCCUCUUCUGGGCCGCCUUGCGCACCACCCUCUUCUCCUUCUACUUCAGAAACACCCUCAAGGCCAACCACUUGGGUCCUUUCUUCUUCUGGCUUCUCUACUGCUGCCCGGUCUGCCUGCAGUUCUUCACCUUGACCCUCAUGAACCUGUAUUUUGCUCAGGUGGUUUUCAAGGCCAAAGCAAAAUACCGCCCUGAACUGACCAGAGGCCUGUUGGCAGUGCGGGGAGCAUGCUUGGGUGCCAGCAUCCUCUUCCUAGUGGUGAACGUGGCAUGUGCUGUGCUAGUGCGGGCACGCCGGGCAGAGCCGUGGGCUGUGGUUCUGGCGCGGGUCCUCAUCAGCGACUCGCUGUUCGUGCUGGGGGCUGUCUCUCUUGCGCUCUGUCUUUGCCUCGUUGCCCGUGGCUCCCCUUCCACCCGGAUCUACCUGGAAGCCAAGGGCACCACCCUGUGCCAAACGGCUGCCAUGGGUGGCACCAUCGUCUUGCUGUACGCCAGCCGAGCGUGCUACAACCUGGCAGCCUUGGCUCUGUCCUCCCGCACCCGUCUCGACUCUUUUGACUAUGACUGGUACAACGUAUCGGACCAGGCGGAUCUAAUCACAGACUUGGGAGACCAGGGAUACAUCAUUUUUGGCCUCAUCCUCUUUGUUUGGGAACUGCUGCCCACUGCGUUGCUGGUUGGCUUCUUCCGGGUGCACCGGCCUGUUCAGGAUAUGAGUGCCAGCCGUGUAUUCAACCGGCAGCUUGGUGUCUCCCGCUCUUAUUUCUUUGACCACCCUGGACAGCGUGAUAGUGAAGGACUUACCAGCAGCCUGACGGGAAGACUGGGCAGCGGAAGCUGGUACGGCUCUAUCAACCACAGCAGCGUCAGUGAGCAGGACUGGUUUGGGGGUCACCCUCCCACGGCCCCCCUUCUCUUCUCACAAGCGGCGGUUUCUGGCAGCCACCACCACAGCCUCUACUCCACCCCACAGAACUGAGGAAUGUGGGAGAGUCUUUUUAAGGGGGCGGGGGGACCCAGCAGUCUGGGGGUGGCAAGGAGGGUUUUUUUAACCGAUGCUGGAAGUCGGGCAUUAUAGCCGCAACCUCUUCCCCAAAUUGUGUAGUCAGGAAAUCCAGCUUUUUCCUUAGCUGUGGGGCUGGUUGGUCAUAUGCAGACAUUCUGGGUCCCGAUGCUUCAACCACACGCCCUCCUCACGCCUCAAUACCAAUAGUAUAUACUUAGAACUCUGGCACUUUAACCGAAGGGGUCGGGGAUGGGGUGGGGUUGCAGUUUUAUCUGUGAUGUCAUUGUUUAAAUAGCAAAAUUAAAUGGCAAAAUUGGGGUGGGGGCUUUCUUCCUUCCUCCCCCCCCCUCCCCAAUGAGCCAUAGCUGCAGUGUUUGGAAGUAAAUUUUUUUGUCCUGUGCUAGACUCGCUGCAGUUACGGUGCUGAUUCCAUUCCCCCUCUUACAAUAAAGUCCAUUUGUGUUAGCA